AAUGAUAGCCUCCAUUUCCGCCAACCAUGGGUCUUUGCAAUCGAGGAUGAGGUUAAGAAGAUACUAAACCAUGUGGCUGAGAUGGAGUCACAGAUUAGUGAACUCAGGUCUGAGCUUCACUGUGUUCGGCGUGAAGGCUCCAGCUCAACUUACUAA